AUGAAAAUAGCAUAUUUUGGGACCGACUUUUUCUCCAUAUCCACCCUUAAACACAUCGUCAACCAUCCAUCCAUCUCCCAUCUGGAUAUAAUCACCAGAUUGCCCAAACCUUCAGGCCGUGGCCUGAAAUCUAUCAAAGAGUCUCCAUUGGCUACUUUUGCAAAGUCAAAUGACCUGAACCUCCUAUACGCAGAGUCCAAACAGGAUUUUGAGAAAUUGAAACACCAGUACGACUUGGCGGUAGCUGUCUCCUUUGGUCAGCUGAUCCCAGCCCUGUUUUUGGAUACUCUCAAAUACCCUGGAUUGAAUGUACAUCCUUCCUUACUACCAAAAUACUCCGGUCCGGCCCCUCUACAGAGGGCUCUGUUGAACAAUGACAAAAUUACUGGUGUCACGCUCCAGAAUUUGCAUCCAACACACUUUGACAAAGGCGAUAUUUUAUUACAAGAGACACACCCAAUCCAGCAAAACGAAACUCUGUUAUCGUUAUCUGAAUCUUUGGCAAAUAAAGGUGGAGAGAUGCUCAGUUACUGCCUGUCUAAUGGCCUCUUCGAUCCAAGCUCUCCCAACUAUAAAACACUAAAGCCUCAAUAUCCUUACUCUUACGCUGCUAAAAUUAAACCAGCAGAACGUGAGAUUUCUUGGUCUUCGCCUUCAGAUUAUGUAAUUAGGCAAUUCAAUACGUUGGGCCCAUUGUACACUUUUAAGCCAGCAUUGAAAAAGGAUGGUUCGACCGUACAUAAAAGAAUCGUAUUGGAUAAUAUAGUUAAGAGUAAUCGUAUACUUUCCGUGAGUGACGAAAUCUUGCCCAAUGGUACCUUUAUUUUGGGCGAGAAUGACCAGUUAGAUAUAAAGUGUCAUGAUUCGUUUGCCUCAGUUGGUACUAUCAAAACUGAAGGUAUUGGCUCGGAAUCCCCAACAAAAUUUGUUAACUCUUUAUCAAAAAAGUUUGGUAAUACCGAAAAUAUCUUCAUCUCCAUCUAA